GUGUAAACAGUUAUUUCCAUCAUGGUCCUUGAUGUUAUAGAUAAAGAGGACAGACAAUCACACCUAACAUGCACAAAAUCCCUGAUACAAAAUCAACCAAAAAACAAGAACAUCCUAUAAAUGAAUAACAACAUCAGGAUGCAAUAUUAUCUCUCUAUCUGUAUCUGUAAGAUGUAAUACUUUAGUGGCAUUGUGACAGGGAUAAGCAGCACGAGCAGAUGGUUUUAGUGGAACAGGACACUGCUCAGCAGCUUGGUGACAAAGUUCAAAUCCAAGCAGACCACCACCUGCAAAAAAGUUGGUUAAUGGUUGUGUGACAAACCUUGUGAGUAGCAGGUGAAACAAAUGGCAAUGGGUCAAGGAGGAUGUUAGGUGAAAAGGGUCAAAGUUGGUCAUAAAUAACAUGUAAUAGAAAAAGAUAUUGCAACAGCGGUGUAUAAAUAAUAAAGGUCAUGUUAAAGUGACAUGGAUGAGAAAACUGUGUUGUGUAAAUCACAGGGAAGUGAAGAUCGGUUUACAGCAGCUGAUAAGAGUUAAACCCCUAGUGGUGCAGGGGGAACCAUCACUCUCCUUUAGUUUGGAAUGUGAACCUCUAAAGAAAAACACACACAUACCCAUAGUGUGUAUAACAGGUGUUACAAAUCAGAAUACACAUGGCAUCAAUGUGAACAUUUACCGAGAGGUCAAUCGAGGUCAUUGGUGGUGGUGGAGACAGUAUUAAAAAUCCUUUACUUCUGCAAAAGUAUAAUACCACAGUAAUACUCCAUUAAAAGUAGAAGUGCAUUAGAAAUGUAAACUUAAGUUCAAGUAUACAACAAAUGCACCAACAUUAACAUAUAGUAUCACAAAUAACAUAUUUCACAAUUGGCCACAUGAGACGCUUCUCUUGGUAAACUAUAUUACUGGAUGAUUUUUGGAUCAUUUUGAAGUAUAAUUAUGUAACCUGUAUUAAUGUUAGCGAUUCUUAAGGUGGACCUAAUUUCAACUACCUCAUAAACUCUAUAGUUAAAUCUGGGAGAAAAGAUCAUAUUUCGUAAACUGCUCGUAUGGUUUGUAUUUUAAUUGAAAAAGUAACUACACGUUAAUAAAUGUAGUGUAGAGGUAUAAUAUUUAACUGUUGAAUGUAGGGAAGACAUGAGUCAAAAGGAAGUACCUCAGAAAUGCACCUAAUACUUUAUUAAUUGCAGUACUUAGGAGGAAUCUAUUGGCAGUAAAUGCCAACCCGACUCCGGAUAAGCGGUAGAAGAUGGAUGGAAGAUGGAUGGAAUAUAAUGUUAAUAAUGUUUUCAUAAUUGUCACCUGAAAGCAAGAAUAGAUGAGUUUUUGUUACCUUAGAAUGGGCCCUUUUUAUCUAAGGAUAUAGGGUAACAGGCUACGCAUUGAACUGGAAGAGCAGGUAAAGGUUGGAAAACUAUGGGAUUUUAUUUACCAAAAUAAUGUACAUUGUUUUAGGAUGGGUAACAAAAUCAUUAAAGGUGAAACAAAAGGUUGAUAUAUAAGAUAUAAAGAAAUAGACCUUAGUUCUUUUUUAAGUGAGUAGUUUUUUAAGUAAUAUUUUAUUUUGUAUUUCAGAGAUUUAUUUAAUAUUUGACUUGUAUGAGUAUAUUUCCUCCUGUUUACACCCUGUUUACACCCUGUUCCAUAGCCACAUAGUUCUGUGACACAGUAUCAGAGUGUUAUCACAAUAUUUGGUGCAAAUAACAACCAUUUUUGUCUGAAAUAUAAUUGUUUUUUUCUAUAAUGACUUUUGACUCACACAUAUUAACUCAAGCAAUGACUAUUUUUCCUUAUGAUUACAAAUGUCUUUUCUUUAUAUUAUGAUAUAAUGAAUACAUUAUUAUGCAUUAUCUAGGAAUGAUGAUUCUCAAAAUCAGGAAAUUAAAUCCUAACUUGUCCUACAAAACAUUGAAUGGUUGCGAAAUACACUAUGGUUUCAUUUUAAAUUCACGUUACACAAAUAGGCCUAAUGCAUAGAUUUUAUAGCAUUUAUUUGUAUGUAUUCACUUCAGCACAAAUAUCCAUGAGAUGUUGGAUUGACAAAUGAGUUUAUCCCCAUGAUGAAGCCUGUGACAGGGAGUCAUCACUGGGAGUGAAUUUCUCUAAUCAGACCUCUGUGGGUCUGUUGGAUGUAAAUAGGAAAGGGAAUGUGAGAGGACCAAACAAGGAAAGGAGACAAGGACGCCCCCCGACAGUGUUGGUUCGCGGCCUGCUGUAUUUCUUCGACUCCAUUCACCUCCAUUCACACAGUAAAUAAAAGCAUGGAGGCUCUGACUCUCGGGAUCUAAUACCGAACAGCGGGGGGUAAGACACUGCCGCAUGCGCUCUCCCUUUCACCAAAACACACAGGAAGGAAGCAGGAAAGCGACGAACGCUUUGCCACUUGGAUUUAACCUGUUUUCCGUGGAAGAGAGGACUGUAGUCGGACACAGGAGCGGGGCAGCCCGCCGCGCUGAGCAUGAAGCGGGCGGCUGUAGUGGCCAGGCACAAUGGCCUCGUCUCUCCGCUGGGGAACAACAACUCCUCGAGCAUCGUCUCCCCGCAUCAGCAGAGAGCCGCUAAUAUCUCCGCUUCUGCCGACAGUUGUGCCGGCGUUGGGAUGGAUGGCCUGCUGGAUUUCUCCAAAGGCCCCACCGUGAAAACGGAGCUGGUGUGUAAAUGGAUUGACCGAACUUCUUCGAGACAGAGGCUGGGGCGGACGGCGACAUCCGUCUGCGAGCAAACUUUCAGCUCCAUGCACGAGCUGGUGGACCACGUCACCACCGAGCAUGUAGCAGCGGGGCUCGAGACCCUCAGUCAUGUCUGCAUGUGGGACGAGUGUCUGCGCGGCGGGAAGGCGUUCAAAGCCAAAUACAAACUCAUCAACCACAUUCGCGUGCACACCGGGGAGAAGCCUUUUUCAUGCGCAUUUCCCAACUGCGGCAAGAUGUUCGCACGCUCAGAGAACCUCAAGAUCCACACGCGCACGCACACUGGUGAGAAGCCAUUCCAGUGUGAGUUUUGCGAGCGACGCUUCGCCAACAGCAGCGACAGGAAGAAGCACUCCCAGGUCCACACGGCCUCCAAGCCCUACGACUGCAAGGCCCUGGGCUGCACCAAGUCCUACACCCACCCCAGCUCCCUGCGCAAACACAUGAAGGUCCACGUCAAGUCGUCCCCUACCUCUGACCCCCAGGACAUGUACGACUCCAUCUCUCAUCACCUCCAACAACCUCAUCAGGCUCUCCUGGAGCCCCUCGACCUUAAAAUCAACCGCCACUCCCCCUCCCAUGCCAAUUUUCACACUCAUUUCCCUCUUGUGGCCAAACACGAGUUGGAUCUCAGCCCUGCCAGCGACGUUGACAGUAAGCUGCUGCUGCGGAGCUCGUCUCCCAUGGCGAUGCCUCUGGAUCUGUCUCUGUCGGGCCUGAAGAGUCAGCUGGCCCAGAGGCAGCAGAGUGGGAGGACCCCCCGCCGGAGCCAGCGCUCCGUCAACCCCGCCUUACCUCAGCUUUCUAACAUUAAGGAGUGGUACGUGUGUACCAGGAGUUCAGUACCUCACUUCCCUCUACUCCACCCUGACCACAUCAAAUCAGAACCUAUUGAUGACGAGGAGUAUGUCACGUAGGGUAGAGGGGCUGGUGAGUUUGGACUUGAAGAACAUGUACUGUCAGACCCAGGUCAGGCCAGAGGAAGCUCUGUGGGAUCAAAGGUUCUGUACAUUUCAGGACCAGCAGCUGUAUGGUUCAACAUGAGGGCCCAGAGUAAGCUGUGGUCAGAGGGAGAACUUUUUAACUGUCUCUAAAACAAAACUCAGCUCGGCCAUCAUCACUAUCUGUGGACCAAAAUCAAUGGCGGUUCUAAUGUUGCCAGAAGGGACAAGAGUAAAUCCAUCGUCAUGGUUAUCAAACUAAAUGUUUGACAAAAACUGCGAGCUGUCCAUCAGUGUUAGCUAGCUAACCUGAACUAACUAAAUGGGAGGACUGUGUACAAAUGGACCAGGGGAUGCUGGGUACUGCUCUGCUGGCUGUUGAAGGAUAGGUGUGUACAUGAUGAGGGAAACAGAUCAUUGACCAAUUUAUCUGAGAGCUUCACCUGGAUAAAGAAUAGUCAAGGGCUACAUCGACACUGAUGGAAAGCGCUUAUUGUUAGCUUACGAUAGCUCUGUACACAUGGUAACACAGCAGGUCCCAAACAGCAGGCGUACAGGGUGGAGCUGAGUGUUAGGCAUCAGUGUGUUUUGAACAAACUAGUCCGUCAGAUAGUUACACAAAUUGAUGAAAGCAGCUUUUAUCUUCUGUCAGAAACAGGUUUCAUAUGCUGUUGUGUGAUCCAGAAAGCUCUUUGUUUGAAGCAAACAGGCCUUAACUUACCAAACAUUGGUAAUAACAAAAGUAUUUAAUGUGAUGACUAACCCGACCCAGUAGCCAGCCGUGAAGCUGCAGUUUGAAGACAAUAGAAGUGAACCUCAGUGGCCCUCUCUGUUGGUUAGGCCCCUGCCCUGUUUACACUCCAUGUACCAUUUAGUCAAGACCCCAAGGUUUGCAAAAUUACCAUGUACACAUAUUCCUUUAACAUGUGUAUUAAGUGAAAAACAUGUAGUAUUUCCCUGUGAUGCAGCCAUAAAAGGUGGAUCUUGGGUUUGAAAGCAGAGCAUCAAUGAAUCUGGGAACCAAGCAGAAUGUAAUGUAUGAGAUUGUGGUACAGCUUGGAGAAAAAAAUGUCAUCCAUUUGAAGCAACUGCAUUGAGAAAACUUUAAAUGGUUGAUAAGUGACUUUUACUAAUGUACAUUAUCCAUCCACUAGUAAGUCAUUUCAGGCUGGAUUUGGACCUGGGAUAGGAGAGCUACCUGACACAGAUAGUUUAAGUUAGUUUGGAAAAAUGUUUUUAACGUUCAUCUUUGGUUUCUAUUCCAAGUCAGUUUGGAUAACGUUGGGGUUUGUUUAAAUCCUUAUAAUCACCCUUUUCCCAAGUUAGUAACUUGAUGUGUACAUUAUUAUUACUGAUAGGACUGAUGGACAAAACUGCAAAUAACACCCAAGUUGAAUAAAACAGAAUUUCCCUUUAAACAAUAUAAAUGAUUUGAGAAUGUAAUUUUCAGUUUGACUACUGACAAAACUAUUGAGCUAAUCAGAAGUGCACGACAGAAUUGUGUAAUUGAAGUUUCAGCAAUAAUCUGUAGAUAUGAGCAAACAACUACCCAGUUAGGGCGUUAUUCACAUGAUCUUCAGAGUGGAGCGGUGGUUUGCACCGUCACCUCACAGGCAGGACUUCCUGGAUCUGAGUGGAGUGUUCUCCCACAAUCCACACACACAAGUCAAAUUCAUUUGAAACUCUGAAUUACCUGAAGAUUUUGUUGGAAAUGAAGGUGAUGUGAAAUUACUACUGCCUCUUCCGUUGUGAUUAUUAACAAGGCUCAUCAGAUUUGAAGAGAACAAAGGCUAAAGUUACGUUUUAGGUCAAGAGAUUAACAUGGAAUGCCAUUUUAAUACAUAACAUAAACUCAGUUCAGUCUAACCCGCCCUUCACUACUUCCUUGUUCCCUUGAGGAAUCACUGUAGCUCAGGGGUCAUGCAAGGUGACAGGAAGCAGGACAAAGCAGCUGGAUUUUGAACCUGGGUGUCCAGAAUUAAAUUGAUUCCAUGUACACAAUCAAAUUAUAAUUUUAUUUCCCAUUCUGCAUAGUACUCCAUUUAACCUAACCUGCAUGUCAGUACACUGGGAGGAUGUUGGAUAAAAAGCCACACUGAUGGGAGAACAUGCAAACUCCUAACAGAACCUGACGAUGUGAGUGCUAACCACUGCACCUCUGGAAAUAUUACUUCUGAAAAUGACAAAAGCCCACUUACUGGCUCAGCUUUCAUCUAUGACCAUGAGAUGUUCUGAAAAAAGCUAUUAAUGGCCCAGGGAAUAAGAUGUAUUCACCACUAGCUGAACUGCUGAGGUGAUGUUUGUGCUCACGAGACAAAUGCUUUCUUCUAACCACAAGCCAACUAAAUCAAUCCUGGUGCUAAGUCUAAUUAUUAAUUGACUUUAGGGAUGAAUCUGAAAUGUACUGCCCAACAAGCUGAUUGUAAGUUAGCAUAGGCCGGUACCCAUAUAAGGACCCAUCUCCACUCUGCUAACAGUACUGAUGCAGGCAGAGAGAGUCAGCAGUGAGUCACAGAAACGAGCAGUCAAGAGAUACAAGACGAGUAUAAUGGAUUCAAGGACUCUGUCACAAACAAACUGAACGUGUAGUACAUAAGUUAACAAGUAUAUUUAUUUGUCUGUUUUUUUAAAUUAUUAUUAAACGUAGCCCACGUUACUGGUUGGAGGCACUAGCAAGUUUCUGGUUACUUACUAACGGUGAGUAAAGUUGCAUUUUUCAUGCAGGUCCACUGGUUUACAGCAAGAGUCACAUGCAGUCCUCACAGAGCAAUACAAAAAAAAAUCUAUAAUGACUUUCUCAUUGAGUUGUUUUUCUCAUGCACAUGAAAAUAUGUAAUUUGUUAAAUAAAACAUUUAAAUCUU